AUGCAGAAGGAUCAAAGAGAUUAUUACAGAUUUUAUAAAGUAAGAUAUGAAUGGGAGUUUAAGGGUAAGAAGGUAGUGAAUUUUGAGUCUGUUGUUGUGAGAGAUCCUGGAACGUCCACUCAAGGUGUGCCUCUAGAUGAUUCACCUAAGAAGAAGAAGAAGAAAUCCAAGGGAGAAGCACCAGCCAAGAAGGUGGUGCCAAAGAAAAAGACUGUGGAAGAAGCACCAGUGGUAGAUGACAACUCAGAAUCUGAUGAUGAUGAGACUUUAAACAAUAUGAUCAAACAAGCGGUCAAGGACAAGAAGGAUUUCAGAGCUGAAGUUCCUAAAAAGGAAAAAUCUAAGAAGGCCGAGAAGAAGAGUGAUGAGGAAGUUGUGAAAGAGUUAGAGGACCAGACAGCUGAAGAAGAAAAAGUUGAUGAAGAAAAAGUAGAGACUGAAGUUGAGAAGGAGGAAGAUGACAAGGAAUAA